AUGGAUUUGGCACAACGUAUGGGUUUAUCGGAUACACAAGUUAAAACUUGGUAUCAAAAUCGUCGGUAUGUAUUGCUUUUUUCCGCAAUUUUUUUUCAUACAUUUUUUUCACUUUUUUUUUCCGCAAUUAAACAAACUAUUUACAGUUGA